AUGAAGUCAUCUUUGUUAUUACUUCUUUCAUUGAUAUGUAUCUUGUCAUAUGCAUACAGUCCUGAGGAUGAACCAGGUGGUAUACCAAUACAGAUACAGGUGUUGUUGAUUGGAUUCCAACAGGAUGGUGCAUUUGAAUACACUUUAGACCCAACGAGAUUGAAUGAUCUAUUACAAGAGUCUCAUUAUAAACAUAACAGUUACUCAAUUGAGACAUCGAUCUAUCAUCUACUCAACUAUAACAAUGAUAUACAUGGUGCACCAAAGGUACACAAUCCCGUCAGUCUAUCAACUCACUAUGACAUAACCUACAAUGUCAAGAAGUUGCCCAAGCAAUCACUCGAGCGUUAUGAAAGACUGAUGCUAUCACAAUUCAUGGAUGCCUUGGUCCCUGUUGAUGGUGAGACAGAUUGGUUAUCGAUCGAACCAUUCGAACCAUACUUUGAGAAUGAGAUCAAGACAUAUGGUAUAUCAGCAACACAGACUGAUACACCAGUCUAUACUGUGUUCUUUGUCAACCCUUCAAAGAUAAGGAUGUUGCAUGACGACAACAGGAAAUACAUCUACACUCUGAAUCAUCAGAUAUGUGGUCCAGCAUGGAUAGGCGCUGGAAGGUAUCUCGUUGUGGACCUCUCUGCGGGCCCGCUAAAGUACGGCACUACCCUUCACAAGUCAACCAUGGAGAAGAUAUCCGAAGGAUCUGUCGACUAUGACUCCCUGCCACGUCUGGUCGAGUACUUCCAAAAGGAUGGUUAUGCUGGAACAUCACUCCAAGGUGCAUCACCUAUUGAGAUAGAGGCGCACAUGGCAUCAUUGGUCAUCUCUGCAGUGCAACAUGUUAUACUCCCUGACUCAAAGUACAACCUCAUACCUUUGUACCAAAAGGUACUCAUACCGAUAUUGAUAUUCAGAGAUCACAAUGAUUAUGACCCGCUUGAUCCGGGCCAUGAGACAAGUAUCGAGAUCGACUUGAUCAAGAAGGAAGGCAGACGACUGUUCCCAUUCGCGGAGGUCACGGUGGUCACUGGAUCGCACUCAUUGCACGAGCACAAGCACAUCUCAAUGGCGCUAUCAAAGUCGAUUAGGACGCACUCAAGCUUUGAACUCAAUCCAAACACAACUAGGUUUGAGACAAGUUCCAAGACAUACAUUGAUAGUGAGGAGUUGUUGUUGAAGCUCAGGAACGAGGACGAUAUACUGGCGAGUGGACUGGUCCAGGACGACUUCCUCAACUCUGUACCAAAUGCUCUCAACAAGAAGGGUAACCUUCGAACAAAGAUACUUCCCGUCUACGUAUUCUCAUUGAAGAACACUGACUCCAACAUACUACUCGACAAAUACUAUCUCUCAGUGGCGAAUCAACAAGCUGUGGCUGUGUUGCAAUCAUCUAAAGCAUUCGCGGGCAAUCAUUACCAGGGCAGCAAGUUGGUAUCAUUCUUCCCUCACUCAGUCACACGUUAUAUCAUCUCUGGACUGGCACAAUCGCAAGGUCUAAUGGGUCCAACACUCAGAUACUCAGCUCCACACAACUCACUAAAGAACAACUAUCUCUGGAGUUAUGGACAGCAUCCAUUUGGAUUCAUUGGCAAUGGAACUGAGAUAUCACAGAUAUUCAUCGAUGCCAUCGUCAGGAACACCAUCAUCACCAAUGUACAAAGUUCUGCAACAUCUCUCAAGAAGUCAUUGUCCAAGAUAUCAAUAUUCUCAGAGAAAUACUUAUUGGAUUCACUUGGAUAUGAUAUUGAUCUAAUGCCAACUCCUGGAAAUCUGAUUGAUCGACUCUAUCAUACUGCGCCAAACAUUGUUGAGGCAAUAGACCUACUUCAGACAUUGACAAGCAAUGAGUUACUCUUAAAGAAAGCUCAAAAGGAUGAGGUGGCAUUAAAGAUUGUGUUGCUAACGACCAAGGUGAAUGCAUUCUCAGAGUAUGUCACACAAGAGAUUAACAAGGCAGAGUCACAAUUGAUGUGUUGCACGAUAAGCACUGUCAACAAGACUGAAGGAAGGUCGUCCUACAGGAUGAUCAUGCUCGUGGUAGCCCUGUCCGCCGUCGCAGCACUUGGCCUCUUCAUCGCUUGGGUAUCAUCAAGAGCAAACAUUAAAUUAAAAUAA